GAAAAAGAAGAAACCCAGUACCUUCGCAGGAUUGCCUUUUUUCCUUAAGUGUGCGUGCGGCGCGUGUGCGCCCCUCAUCCCUUCCGUCUGAACCCGAUCUUGGAUGUUUAAUAAAGAAAUCAAGUGUCUCCACAGUCACCAAAAAAAAAAAAAACCAAACCAAAAAUUCCAAAAAGCAAAAACAAAAGAGAGAGAGAGAGGGGAAAAAAACAACCAAAAAAUCCAAAACAAACAAAACAAACAAACAAACAAGGGCAGAACCAACCUCUACUUCCAACCAGCUGGCACCAGGCACCCGUACCUGCCACCCAGAGAGGGGGGUCUCUGGCCUGUGGUGGAGGAGUUGCAGGGGGAUCUUCGUCGGGGGGACAGAGGCCGAGUGACGCCUUAGGAGCCACCGGGCAAGAGGCGGAGGAGUCCCUGAGAGCCAGGAGAGACCUCGGCCCCCGCGCGCGGCUUGGGGCCGGGGCGCCAGACGUGGGACUGGAGCGGAGUAGAGCGAUGCCCAGGAGGAAGCAGCAGGCACCCAAGCGGGCGGCAGGUUACGCCCAAGAGGAACAGCUCAAGGAAGAAGACGACAUAAAAGAAGAGGAGGAGGAGGAGGAAGACAGUGGGUCUGUAGCUCAACUCCAGGGCAGCAAUGACCCCGGGACAGACGAGGAGCUAGACACGGGCCCAGAGCACCGGGGCUGCCUCAGCUACCAGAACUCUCCGGGAAGCCAUCUGUCCACUCAGGACGCCGAGAAUGAAUCCCUGCUCAGCGACGCCAGCGACCAGGUAUCCGAGGUCAAAAGCGUCUGCGGCCGAGAUGCCCCGGAUCAGAAAGCCAACCCUCACCCCAAACUCUCCAAGGACACACACAACAACUGCAUGGAUAAAAUGACUGCCGUCUAUGCCAACAUCUUGUCUGACUCCUAUUGGUCAGGCCUGGGCCUUGGCUUCAAGCUGUCCAACAGCGAGAAGCGGGCCGGCGACCCCCGCAACGGUGGCCACAAGAGCGAGUUUGAUUGGCACCAGGACGCCCUGUCCAAAAGCCUGCAGCAACACCUGCCUUCCCGAUGCGUGUCCAAGCCCAGCCUGUUCAGCUCGGUCCAGUUGUACCGGCAGAGCAGCAAGAUGUGCGGGACCGUCUUCACCGGGGCCAGCCGGUUCCGGUGCCGCCAGUGCAGCGCGGCCUACGACACCCUGGUCGAGUUGACUGUGCACAUGAAUGAGACGGGCCACUACCAGGACGACAACCGCAAGAAGGACAAGCUGAGACCCGCGAGCUACUCCAAGCCCCGGAAAAGAGCCUUCCAGGAUGUGGACAAGGAGGACGCGCAGAAGGUUCUCAAGUGCAUGUUCUGCGGCGAUUCCUUUGAUUCCCUCCAAGACCUGAGCGUCCACAUGAUAAAAACGAAACAUUACCAGAAAGUGCCUUUGAAGGAGCCGGUACCCACCAUUUCGUCCAAAAUGGUCACUCCAGCCAAGAAGCGUGUUUUUGACGUCAACCGCCCGUGCUCCCCGGACUCGACCACGGACUCCUUCUCCGCCCAGAAGAGUUCGGGCCUGCAGCUAGCUUCCAGCAACCGCUACGGCUACCAAAACGGGGCCAGCUACACCUGGCAGUUUGAGGCCUGUAAGUCGCAGAUCUUGAAGUGCAUGGAGUGCGGGAGCUCCCAUGAUACCUUACAGCAGCUCACCACCCACAUGAUGGUCACCGGCCACUUCCUGAAGGUCACCAGCUCGGCCUCUAAGAAGGGGAAGCAGCUGGUGUUGGACCCGCUGGCGGUGGAGAAGAUGCAGUCGCUGUGCGACGCCCCGACCAGUGAUUCCAUGGACGCGAAGCCGUCCAGUAACUCGGCGGCUGACUGCGCGGCCUCCACCACCGAGCUGAAGAGGGAGGACCCAGCGGAGCGGCCAGAGGAAGCCAAGCAGGACGAGAAGGUCACGAAAAGCCAGGAGUACGAGGACCCUCUGCAGAAGCCUUUAGACCCGACGAUGAAGUACCAAUAUCUGAGGGAGGAGGACUUGGAAGACGGCUCGAAGGGCGGAGGGGACAUUUUGAAGUCGCUGGAAAACACCGUCACCACAGCCAUCAACAAAGCGCAGAACGGGGCUCCCAGCUGGAGCGCGUACCCCAGCAUCCAUGCCGCCUACCAGCUGUCCGAGGCCGCCAAGCCCGCUUUGCCUAUGGGCUCCCAAGUGCUGCAGAUUCGGCCUAAUCUUGCCAACAAGCUCAGGCCCAUCGCGCCCAAGUGGAAAGUCAUGCCGCUGGUCUCUGUGCCCACAAACCUGGCCCCCUACACACCGGUGAAGAAGGAGAUGGGAGACCGAGAUGACGUCUCGAAGGAGUGUGGGAAGGAAAGUCCCCGCAAAGAAGCACCGUCUUUUAACCACGGCGAAGGGGAGUCUUUCGCCAAAAGCGAGCCCCCUGUGGAGUCCAGAAAGGCUGAGCCUGGCGCCCAGGGUGUGGAGGCGGACAAGCUGAUGAAAGAGGGCGGUGAGAAGGAGAAGUCUCAGUCCUCGGAGGCCACCUCGCUCAGCAACGGCUGCGCCCUCACCAACCCCGCCGCGGUGGCCCUGCCCUGCAUCAACCCGCUCAGCGCCCUGCAGUCCGUCCUGAACAAUCACCUGGGCAAAGCCACCGAGCCCAUGCGCUCACCCUCUGGUGCCAGCCCCAACUCAAGCACAGUCCCCAUGUUCCACAAGCCCAGCCUCGGCGUCCUGGACAAGCCGGUGUCGAGCCCUGCUUCCACGAGGCCCGCCAGUGUGUCCCGGCGCUACCUGUUUGAGAGCCAUGACCAGCCUAUCGACCUCACCAAGUCCAAGACCAAGAAAGCCGAGUCCUCCCAAGCCCAGUCCUGCACGUCCCCACCUCAGAAGCACGCUCUGUCCGACAUCGCCGACAUGGUCAAGGUCCUCCCCAAGGCGACCACCCCAAAGCCCGCCACGUCCUCCAGGGUCCCUCCCCUGAAGCUGGAGAUGGACGUCCGGCGCUUUGAGGAUGUGUCCAGCGAAGCGUCGACCCUGCACAAGCGAAAAGGCCGGCAGUCCAAUUGGAACCCUCAGCACCUUCUGAUUUUGCAAGCUCAGUUUGCCUCCAGCCUCUUCCAGACGUCUGAAGGCAAGUACCUGCUGUCCGACCUGGGCCCGCAAGAGCGGAUGCAGAUCUCAAAGUUCACGGGGCUCUCAAUGACCACCAUCAGCCACUGGCUGGCCAACGUCAAGUACCAGCUUAGGAAAACAGGCGGGACCAAGUUCCUGAAAAACAUGGACAAAGGUCACCCCAUCUUUUAUUGCGGUGACUGUGCCUCUCAGUUCCGAACCCCUUCGACCUACAUCAGCCACUUAGAAUCUCACCUAGGCUUCCAAAUGAAGGACAUGAACCGUAUGGCCGUGGAACAGCAAAGCAAGGCGGAGCAAGAGAUCUCCCGGGUAUCGUCGGCUCAGAGAUCUCCGGAAACAAUAGCUGGCGAAGAGGACACGGACUCUAAGUUCAAGUGUAAGUUGUGCCGUCGGACCUUUGUGAGCAAACACGCAGUCAAACUCCACCUAAGCAAAACGCACAGCAAGUCCCCCGAGCACCAUUCACAGUUUGUAACAGGCGUGGAUGAAGAGUAGCUCUGCAGGUAUGGGUUUGCUCCCAGGUGACUGGGGACAGUGGCCUUGUGAGGAGCUUCUCCCAGGGAGACGGGUCUGCUUAGAGGCAGCCGACGUCUCCCAGAACCCUUGCAGGGUGGUGGCUUGCUGGACUAGGACUUAUUUCUAAUGAGAAGCCAGAACGUGAAACAUUAAGUCCCUAGCCACUCCCGUUUGCCCCGUUGACAGUUGGGGGAGGCUAGCGUGAGAUGCGUGUAGAGACAAGGGUCGUAGAGGAGGGCUUCUUUUCGGCCUUCCUGACACCAAGCUCCUUGGUUGGGCCAGGGAGUAGGUACUAACUACUCUCCCACCCCCAUCCCAUGCCACUAGCCCACCUUCCCACGGCCAUGCAAUGGCUCCACACCUGACUGCCAAGUGAGCAGCAGGGUAAAGAUGGGAGAGUUUUUAGGGACCGCCGCCGUAUCCUGAGAUGUGUUAACCAGCUCAGCGCGUGGGUAGCUUCACAUUGUCUUUAUAAACCUUCCUUGUAAUGAAUGCUUCUUGCAGCUCCCGUUCAACUAUGACUCCCCUCCACCCCUUGCCCUUUGCUUAUAGCCUGCAUUACGUUUCCUGUAAGGGGAUGGGAAAGAAAAAUAGAUACAUAGAUACACAACACACGCACACACAUACACAUAUAGAUUCUUCUCUGCAGAACCUUUAGCUGAAGUGAGGAGAAGCUCCUUGCCUUCUCGGGCCGUUGGUUUGCCUUUCUCCGUGUAACAAAUAGUGCUGCAUGCAUGCUCGCAUGGUCGAAGUCCACACAAAGAAACCCAUGCUUUUCCAAACACCCAUGUGCUCACAUGUGUGGGACGCCUGGGUCUCGGGAACGUUUGCAUCCUGUAUCAUAGAAGUUCUGCCCCCCUAGAGUCAUCCACAAUCACAUCCUCUCAGUCACCAAAAGCAAAGAGGACAGAGGCCAAGGUCAAACGCCCUGGGCAGAUGGGUCCCACCAGUCACGUCCAGCGUCCACCAUAACCAAAGCUAGGUCUUUCCAAAUCUCUCCUAGUUCCCUACAUGUAUCUCCUCUCCUCUCUAGCACGGCACCACCACAUUCCAGUGGCCCUCACACAUGUCCUGGUGCGCCCCCCACCGCACACCCCGGGUUCCACGUUUGGCGGGGACCUAACCUGCAUGAGACCGUCUGCACCUCCCAGUCCAGGUUAUGUCCUGCUAGGUUACAAAGGAGCCCUUUGAGUGUAAUCACAAUAGGAGCUGCUAACAGCAGCUCCACAGGCUAGCCCUGAUGCCCCCUCGUGUCCGAGCAUCUGUCUUUACAUGGGAGGUGUCCAGCGCCGGUCACCGAUGCCUGUAAGUCGGAUACCUCUGAGCCCUAGACCGAGUGGCUCUGGGCUGGGCUCCCAGUAGGUAGGGUGGUUUACCGUGCUUGAUGAUGGGCGAAAUGGAAUAAAGUAGCUGAAAUGUCUGAUCUGGGACUUUUCCCUGGGUGAGGAGAUCUAAGUGUUUUUGAUUGUGGGGGGAGGGAGGGGAGCAUCCUAGCACUUGAGCAGCGAUGGGCCCCUUCUCCUUUUGUUUGCACAUGAGUCUCUCGCGAUAAUUAAAACGUGUGGCCUGCUGGGUCCAACCCUUGUUUUCCGGGCAUGAUUUGUUCAGCUCACACUAUUGAAAGAAGAGCCAAAGUGAAUCUUCUAAAAUCCGUAACGUGCGUGAGCUUGAGGCCCCCCCGCGAUGUCCUAUUUAUUUGCUAUAUAACAUUUCACUUUUUAUGUAACUUGCUCUUAUGCUUUUUUGAUCCUUUGG